GGACCGGGGGUCAGUGUUUUCGGGUUACCCGAAAUAAACCUCCGUUAUCAAAUUCCUUCGGCGUUGAGUGGAGUCUUCACAACAAGACAGGCUGUAUACUCGUGUGGUAAUUGACUAAGUUUUUGCAGUUUUAUGUAAGUGAAUUAAGUUUUCAACCAAUGCGCUUCCGUCUUUGCCCCUUUCGUUUCUGAAUACUCUCCAGUCUUCCACGGAUGAAAAUGACAUCUUGUUCCCAGGUUUUUAAGCGAUGCUUUUCAACAUGGCGGAAGUUAACAUACCAACAUGUACAUACGACUUGUCUUGAAGAUUAUUUACCAUUUCCCGUUUAUAAGAAGCAUUUCAACGUUAAGAAUAAGAAACAAAAAUGGAAGGAAAAAGCCAAGAUACUGCUGGGGAACCGGAAAAGGGGGAUUUUACAAAGCCUCAAGCACCUACAGAAAGGAAAGUUUCGGCAUCCAAGAUGGCUGAAGUCAGCUCAACUGCUAUUGUGAAGUACUCAGCUCAAGAAGUUUUGCCUUACUUUAAACUGCAACAGGAUACUGACUUGAAUGUUGCUCCUUCAAACUGGUUGCGAGAUGGAAGGUUUUCUGAUGUUAAUCACCACAGACGGGACCCUGUCGAAUUCUCAAGUUUUGGCAUGGCUCACAGUUUUGUUGAUUCUAUUGGUGAUGUUGAUGUGAUAUCUGAUGCUGAGAACAUCAAGAAGUUACUCAAAAUACCCUACAGUGUCAAGACUGAAGUCAGCUUAGCAGUCCACAGAGUAGGACCAACACUGCUGUUGGAUUAUCUUGAUGUCCCAGCACUCAUUUCCUAUGCAUCUCAGGAAAGAGGUGACAGUAUUCAUCCCAGGUGGCUUUAUGAUUUUUACUGUGAACAAACUGGAAUUCCAAAGGACGCAAGCUUUGAACGUAAAAAGAAGAAAAAGGAUCAGGCAAGACUAAGACACAUCUUUUCAAAAUUCCUGCAUUACAGCAUUCAGAAUCUCAAUAAAGAUGCUUCGACAGACCCAAGCUUUAAAACUUACACUGAACCCACAGCCACACCCUUUGGGCACACAGUGGAUAGUGACACCUAUAGUGAGGGUGAAGGCUCAACAUGCGACUAUGCAGUUCCAGGCACAGCGGUGGACUCUGCUAAGGAGGGCACUGAUUUGUUUGCACCACUAAUCUUAGAGGACGAUUCACAAGAAGAGCCUGUUCUGCCUCAGCUUCAACAGGACUCUUCCUUUCAGCACAAUGUUCUGUGGCAGUUUGAAGACAUUCAAAUGCUUGUUGGAUCCAACCUUCCAAUAUUUGGAGGAGGCAAAUACCCUGCUGUCAGCCUAAGGCUCAGGGAGUGUGGCAAUCCUAUCAAUGUACUGACAGGGUUAGAUUACUGGCUCGAUAACUUGAUGUGUAAUGUUCCAGAGGUCGCUAUGUGUUAUCACUUGGAUGGGAUUGUGCAAUAUUAUGAUCUUUACAAAACAGAGGAAUUGCCAAACUUGGAAGGAAGCAAUUUCUCUCCAAAGGUCAUCAAGGAUGUAGCGCAAAAUAUCUUGUCUUUCAUGAAGUCAAAUUGUACUCGUGAAGGUCACACCUACUGGCUGUUUAAAGCAACUGACAGUGACGUCAUAAAGUUGUAUGAUUUGACCUCAAUCUGUCAACAGAGGACGGACGACAAGACAGAGAACUUAUUUACCGUGCCUGUGGCUAUGCUGUUUUACCGGGUUGCAAAGAACAUGAUGAACCAGUCACCACUGAGAGUGGGGGAACAAGGGACAGCCCGUCAGUUACUCAAUAACUGCCUCCUACUUCUUGACAAUGAGAAAUUCCCAGAGAUUUUUGCGUCGGCAAGCUACUUGUUGUCUGACCUAUAUUCACCUGACGAUGUACACGCGCUGCCUGCCAUAAACCCAACUGAUCAACAACAGGCGGAUGACAGCGAAGAACCGGCCCACGAGAAGAAUUCCUCUCGUGUUUUUGCUGAUGAAAAUCAAGCAGAUACUGCGAUGGCUUCAAAGUCGCUUGACGUAACAAAGUUAUCAGCGCCUGUGACGCAGCAGGAUGAUUGGAUUAAGGUUUCCAAGCCAUUACCAAGCAAUGUGGAAGAGCGAUGUAAGGUGGCUCUAUCGCAUAUCGUUAAGGGCCUUUCGUGUGUCAAGAAGCAUUUAACAGAAGGUACCUCUCAAGGGGAAGUCCUAAACUUAAGCGCAAAGAGCAGCUCCUCCACAGAAUGCCCCUCCUCGCCUCCCCAGUCCCCGGCUGCCAGAAUCGAUGGCGAAGCAUCUAGCCACAGUCCACCGCAAGCAGUUGUUGCUACAUUUGCAAAGCACCUUCAUCCGUACAAGAGAAAGAAGUCACCGCUGGUCCUUGUACGGCCGGCCCGUUGGCAAGAGAAGACCGCUGGGUUACUGUUCUACAAAGCAGCGGCAGUGUAUCACUCGUUAGCUUGCACAUUCAAUUCGAACGGAAAGUUUGGCCGCGGCUUAAAGAACUGUAAACUUGCAUUCAAGUGCCUCGAGGCAUCACAGAUCUUUAGUGUGGAAUCUGACGUUAAGAAAGGCGACCAGCUGUUGAUCUCUGUGCUGUUUGUGUGUGGGGACUCGUACCUAAUGUUGUCUAAGUGUCAGGGGAAUUUAGCUGUUCAUCAGGAAGAUUAUCAGUUUCAAUCCGAAGAAGACGCGUUCAUUUCUGAAACAGUUGAGGAGUGCAUUGCUGGUCAAGGGGAGCAUUCUUCCAGCGUCAAGUUUGUGUCUGAGGUGGAGAAAAAUUUGCUUAAGAGUGUUAGUCUAUAUGACGCAGCUCUUCAGCUAGUGACGACAGACACUAAAGUAGAGCUGAUGGUCAACCUGACGAGGCGCAUGGGAAAUGCCAAGAACGAACUGGGCGUGCUUUAUAUGAACAAGGCCGCUGCCAUGAUGGACAGCGGCACAGAUCCCUCCUUUCUGGAACGAGAACUGUGGAAGAGAAGCUUCUCUUGUUUCGAAAGCGGUAUUCGCACUUUUGACAUCACGCAUGACAGUGCGAACAAGGCGUUACUACUGUCCAAUUUAGGCAGAUUAAUGCGACUGUGCGCUCAGGGUGUGGGUGGCGUGGAAACCAAGCUGACAGGAAGAAGAGGAGAAUUCAGCCAGGAAGAGAGGAGUUAUUUUAACAAGGCGUUUGAGUUCUACAACAGGGCGUUUCGCUGUUUGUCAGAGAGGAAAAAAAGCCCACAGGUCUGGGACACCGUCACGUGGGAACUAUCAGGCUCCUACUAUUCAAUGGGCACGCUGCUUCAGGAUUAUGCUCCUUUAUCAUCUUAUGCUCAGGAGCAGGUUGAGCAAGAAGUUACUGAGCUGAUGAUGAAAGCACUCCGGUUGUUGGAGCCCACUGCCGCUGGGUCUGCGUUCUACACUAGCGCCAAGUCUAGGCAGCAGCUAUAUCAUCGCAUUGCCUCAAUACACCAUCGCCUGGCGUCUCUUUACCAUAAUUCUUAUAGAAACCAGGCUGUUGAUCACUCAAAGAAGAAAGCGCGCUCUUUAGCUGAGCUUCAUUACAAUAAGGCUGUGGGGUGUUUACAACCAAAACAGUUCCCCUGUGAGUGGAUACGGGUUCAUCUGGAACAGGUCGCCAUGUGUGAAUAUCACGUGACAACUUACGGUGGGUCAGCAGCUGCUAUUCGAAGUCUACAGGCAGCUCUGGAUCAUUUGUUUGAUACUAAGAGAGCUUUAGAACACUUAGGGACGUUAACAGAUGUUGAGAGGAGCGAAUGCGAAACUGCAACAGGCUCAAAGAGCGAAGAAAGCUCCAAGGUUCACGCGAAAGACGACUCUGAAAUCAAAUGGGAAGAGGUGCGGACGUUGAUUCCGAUUUUGGAAUCGCGUCUCACGAACGUUUUGAAAGAACUCGUAAAAGCAAACAGUUUGCUCAAGAAUAAGGGAAGAUCGGGCAGGGACUGGGGAGGACUGGAAACGGCCAAGCAGAUGUACUCUGUGGCAUUACGGAGCAGUAGCACUAGCGGGGAUGAAGACAUUGUUAAAAAAUGUCAAAGAUUAGCAGAAACGCUUCAAAAGCUGCAGGAAAUUAAGCACAAAUCCAAGUGAUAUUUGAAAAGUGGCAAGUCAAAGCGUGAAACGAGUGUAAGACCGUCAUUAGAGAUCGUGAACCAGUAAUUUUCACGAGAAGCACGGUGAAAGUAUACAUAAACAAAGUUUGCGAAAAGACAGUGGCGGAUAUGGGAAAUCCUUUUUGUAGCUGGUGCUGUGGUGGAACCGACACGAGUCACUCGCUGCGCGCUGACAGAAACAUUCCCUUCACCCUCAUUUAUCUCUUUCGUGACUAGGUGUCACAUAAGGCCUCCUAAACAUUUCCUACUCUUUGUUGAGUGUGGCAACCGGUUAUAGGCACUCAUGGUAACGCACACCACAAUUGGUUUAAGUUUGGUGCAUAUUCCUGUUGAUUAGUUCGACUUUCACGAGAUUUGAUUUUACUACACAACUGUACAAACUCAGAGUCAACUCACUUUUGGCGAACAAGUGAAAACUGCUCACUUGACUUGUUCGAUCAUCCUGUCUUUUAACUGAGAUGUUUAAGGUGGAAAAAUCAUCUCCACUGCUGUAACAUCAAGGAUAAAACAAUGUUCAGAGAGGGCUAAACAUUAAAAAUAUAUUUUUUUCAAAAGAAAUGAAUGAUUUACACACUAAAACUGAGAUUAAAAAAUUGAUAAAAUA